AUGAACUCAUGUUUUCACCUGCUGCUGGCGUGCCUGUCGUGCCGGUGCUCCGUGCUGAUCCUGGGUCUGCUGGAGGCCUGCUCCUCCUGCCUCCACACCCUCUGCUCCUGCUGCUGCCACGCCUGUGCCCGCUGCUGUUCGGCCAUUCAGGAGGUGCCUGUGGAGGAGCUCAACUGCCACGCCCACUGCCACUCGGUGCUGGUGGAGUCAUGCUGCGAGCCAACCCAGUGUCUGGAGUUUUGCCUGGAGUGCUGCGAGAUCUGCCAUCGCAGCUAGGAGGCGGCUAGGAGGGCUAACAUACAAGACAUGACGAGACUAAAACAACAGACAUUAAAGUCAAUGUGGGUUUCAUUAAUACUGCAA